GGGCGGGGCGGGGCGGGGGCGCGCCGAGCCCCGACAUGGGAGAUCUCUGACUCGGACACCGAGGGCCCCGCGGUCUCGGAAGCCGCCGCCAGGGCCCGGGAUCCGGUGGAGGAGCGCAGGACGGCGGCCCAGGUGCUGCGGCCCGAGCGCUCUCCGAAGCGCCUGGUGGUUCGCCUGGACCCAGCCAUCCUGGAAGAUGCUGGUGCUGACGUCCUGCUUCAGGCCCUGGACGCCCUGGGCUGUGAGCAGCACAUCGAGCCCCAGCCCCUCCCUCGGAGCAUCAGCUGGAGUCCCAUAAACCCGGACCCUUUCCACUGUGGCGUCCCCGCUGAGGUGUGGGCUGAGCAGGAGCUGCUACUGUUGUUGGAACCAGAGGAGUUUCUGCAAGGUGUUGCCCAGUUAACCCAGGUGUCGGGCCCGGCCUGCUCCAUGCCCUGGCUUUGUCCUGAGAGCCCUGGCUGCACACAUCUGGCCGUCAUCGGACUGGAUGCACAUCUGUGGAGGGCGAAGCUGAUGGAUGUGGGAGCCAAGGUGGUGUCUCUGCCCAGGUCUGGCCUGAGUGGUGUCCAGGAGCGGCAGCAGCGGUCAUCAGCGAGUGUGGUGAUGGCCCAUGCUGAGGGGGCUGUUGGCUGGCCUCAGGUGGAGGAGACCCUGGUGUUCCUGCAGCUCUGGGCCGGCCUGGAUGUGCUGCUGGUGGCUUCCUGGCAGGAGCUGAGCAAGCACGUGUGUGCUGUCACCAGGGCCAUCGCCCAGCGCCCCUUUAAGUGGCUCCGGGACUCCCAGACCUUUUCCUUCUGCACAGCGGGGCGCUGGGCAGCCGGGGAUCGGGUGGCCAGAGACGGCCGGGGGCUGCGGAGGAUUUGGUGGCGGCAGAUCCAACAGUUCAACCGAGUCAGCCCCCAGGUGGCCAAUGCCGUCGUCACUGCUUUUCCCUCCCCCCGCCUUCUGCAGCAGGCGUACGAGGCCUGCGGCUCAGAGCAGGAGCGGCUAGGCCUCCUGGCUGACCUCCCUGUAGAAGGAGGCCAGAGUGGGCGGCCUCGACGGGUGGGGCCGGACCUAUCGCGCCGCCUUUUUCUUUUCCUGACUUCCUGCCACCCAGAUCUCAUGCUGGACCUGAGCUCCUAA